UCAACCUGAUCCUGACGCCACACACCAUUUUGUCUAAAUGCAUGUCUGAUUUGGGGUGUCGUCAUGAUGGAAGAUGAAAUGGCGGAGUCAUCAGAGGACGAGCCAUGCUCAGUAGCCUCCGGACAGAGUUCCUGAGGACGAGGAAGAAAGGGAAGCUCCCCAAAGGCGCUCGGCUCGAUCUCAUGGACUGGUGGAACGCGCACUACUACCGCUGGCCUUACCCGACGGAAGAGGAUAAGGUGAGGCACGCCGCCAUGACGGACCUCGACCCGACGCAGAUCAACAGCUGGUUCAUCAACCAGGGGAAGCAGCACUGGAAGCCGUCGUAGGACAUGCGGUUCGUGCUCAUGGAGGGCGUCACCGGAGGAGGAAGGGAUUUGUCUGUAUCCAUGGGCACGGGGAUUGCCAGUGAAAUCAAACUGGAUAAGGUGGAAUCAAAGCUGUUGACUUGA